UUAAAACAAUUGAAUUGGAUGGAAAACGAAACAAGCUUCAAAUUUGGUAUACUUCUGGCCAAGAGCGUUUUCAUACAGUCACCAUCUAAUGAUUUUGGAUUCGUUUGUCAAGUUAAUGACUAUUAG